ACUUUGCGGGCAGCGAACCUUUACCUGCUCCCCAUCACUCGUGUUUGCAGACCGUGUCUCCCUCCGCCGGCGCGGAUGGUGCGGAUGUUGGACAAGUGUCCCCAUUAGGAUGGCACCUGGCAGCGGAGACCGGCCGUUCACAGUUUGAUGUGGAGUUGAAGGGGUUUGCGGCGGGAUUGCGAGACGACAGCGGCAUUUGAGCAGUCUGGAGAUGAGUUCGGACCUCAGCAUGUAAGUGCCUGCAUGGUCCCUCCAAGUGUCUAGGCCUUCCCUGAUCUUACCACAGUGACACACAGGAUCCCCCUGAGGUUCCUGGACACCAGGCUCCCUGACUUAUCCAGCUCAUUCCCUGCAGCUAUCAGCCACGAAUCAACCCUAGCACAGCCUAUUUAUCCAGGCUUUUCUUUACUAGACACUGGCUUCAGACCUGUGAUACCCACUAAUCCGAUGCCAAAACCUGAUGCACAACCUAAAUCUACUGGACUGCUGGCGACAACAUCAGAACUCACCAACAUCCAAUUGUGACGUAAGGUUAUGUGUCACUCUUCACCCACUCCUAUCUGGGUUUAGAUCUCUUUUUUUUUAAAUCUAAAAAAAAAAGCUCGUAUUUUUGCAGAGAAUACAAAUUAAACAAACAAAAAAAGUCUGACAUCUAAAAGGACUCUGAGCUUACUCCACUAAAUUCAUGGAGUGGCAAGAAAGCUUAUUUUUUCUGUUUUAAAACAAAUGUGGGCUAAGUGCUGCUUUGCUUGAUUCAACGCUAAGCAGGGCCCUAUUAGAAGACUCUACCUGACCUGAACUGCCCAUCUUGGAGCAGUGUGGUUUCCAAAUGCCGCAAUGCCCAUCAUCAGCAACGCCAACCAUGACUUCAGCAAUCUGUCAGUCAGUGAUGACAGCAGUCUUGAUCACAUCUUCACUGAGAUUCCCGAGACUGAGACCAUCAAGGGUGAAUAUUACCGGAGAGCUCAGUUCAUCCGUCGGCCAGAAGACCUGGUAUCCGUCGACCAUGCCUUGCUGGCAGUAAUAAAUGUUGGAGGAAACCGUUACACCCUCCCCUGGAGCACACUGGAGCAAUUUCCCCUCACGCGACUUGGCCGCCUUCGUGGCUGCCGGACCCCUGAGGACAUCGCUAGUAUCUGCGACGAUUACGAUGAGGCCCGCAAGGAGUUCUUCUUCGACCGCUCACCGUCUGCCUUCAGGGUCAUCCUCAACUUCCUAGCUGCAGGGAAACUCCGGCUUCUGCGGGAGAUGUGCAUCCUCUCGCUGCACGAUGAGCUGAACUACUGGGGUGUCGAGAUGACGUACAUGGAGCGCUGCUGCAAGAGGAAGAUGUACACGCGCAUCGAGGAAGUAAACGAGAAGGAGAGGCGCCAGGAGGAGCGUAGGCAGAGAAAUGCCAUGCAGAAGGUUCCAGUGGAGGAAACACGGUACCGAAAAGUGAUUAACUGGUUGAGAGAUAUGGUGGAAAACCCGCAGUCUGGCUUACCGGGGAAGAUCUUUGCAUUCAUGUCGGUGAUCAUGGUGGCAGUGACUGUUGUUAGCUUGUGUAUCAGCACCAUGCCAGACCUCAGAGAGGAGGAGGAGAGGGGCGAGUGUUCCACCAAAUGCUACAACAUGUUCAUCAUAGAGACGGUGUGUGUGGCCUGGUUCUCCCUGGAGUUCAUCCUGCGGUUCAUUCAGGCCCGCAGUAAGCUCGACUUCCUCCGCGGACCCCUCAAUAUCAUUGAUGCAAUGGCCAUUUUGCCCUACUACGUUUCGCUCGUGGUGAAAGAGGAGGAUCCAGCUUUGAGCCACGACAGGCCAGGAGGAGGUACGAGCUACUUGGACAAGCUGGGUCUGGUGCUGAGGAUCCUGCGGGCGCUGAGGAUCCUCUACGUGAUGAGACUGGCUCGCCACUCUCUCGGCCUGCAGACGCUGGGGCUGACAGUCAGGCGCAGCACCCGGGAGUUCGGCCUCCUUUUGCUGUUCCUUUGUGUGGCCGUCACCCUGUUCUCCCCAUUGGUCCAUCUAGCCGAGAGUGAGCUCACAGGCGCCCAUGACUUCAGCAGCAUUCCCGCAUCCUACUGGUGGGCCAUUAUCUCCAUGACGACUGUAGGCUACGGUGACAUGGUACCGAGAUCCAUUCCAGGACAAGUCGUAGCGCUGAGCAGCAUCCUCAGUGGGAUCCUCAUCAUGGCCUUCCCUGCUACCUCCAUCUUUCACAUGUUCUCCCGCUCCUACCAAGAGCUCAAGAUGGAGCACGACCGACUGUUCAAAGAGGAAUGUGCGGCUGCUGCUGCAGCUGUCGCUGCCACAGGUGAUUUGCCGGAAGAGGGAGGUGGAGGAGGGAAGGAGGAUUCGGCUCCAUCUGGACUGGGAUUACUUCUAGACAAGGAUAGGGAGCACUCACUGGAGUCUUUGGCUCUGCUCGGGAAAGAAAGCGAAGCUGCAGUCAAUAAUGAUCACAUCCUUCCAGCGGCAGCUUUCUAAACAUUCCCAUUGAAUGACUCAGUGCUAAACGUCCACCAAUCGUUGUGCUACAUACAACUAAAGUACUGAGAAGCAACUCUUGCCCCAAAGCCUUCACUGUCCAAAUCUGAGGGUACGUAACUUGUGUUGGAUUCAAAGAGAUCAAACAAAAGGUACUGUAUUUCAUUUGCUCUUCAUGGUGUCGAGUAGACUGCACAGAAACUGAAGGACAUAACAACCCUUUAAAUUGAACGGUCCUUGUUGUCUGAACAGACGGCCUCUGCAGCAAUAUUAGUACUAGGCUGCUUUCAUAAACAUGCAAUAUUGAAUCCAAAGUUGCUUUUCCUUCCACUGUGACAAUACAUACAAGCCAGAGUGCAGCUUUUAGUUGAUUCUUAUUACUUUUUGAUAUCCUGCCUACAAUAUAAUCUCAAAGUAUGUCUCAUGUAUUUACUCUCAUUUUCAGCCAUGAAUGCAAAGAAGUGCACAUCUUCGUUUGUCUUUGAGAAGCUUGAAGCCACGUUCUGAGAAAACAGAAUUAUAGUUUGACACCUAUAUAAUGUAUAUCUAUGUAUGCUUUAAAUGCUUGGAAUAAUAAAGAAGUGAUGGUUUCUGCUUUCUCUACUAUAAGCAUCAAGUUAAGUGUGUUAAAAUAUUUCAGAAUGAUCCUUAAUGUUUUUUAAACCAUCAAAUAAAUGAAAGGAUAUAGAUGAAAAGGAAGUAUUUGUGUUAGGGAAAGAGGAUGCGUGAGUGAAAGAGAGUGAGCACUAACAACCAUGAAAUGUACUUUGCAACGCUCCAAAUAAAAGCUGUCCUAGUAAU